GUGUCGCAACAAUGUCUUAUAUCAAAUGCCGAAUGCUGCUAAGAGGAUUUGUGUAUACUCAGGGGUGUCCAUGGAGUCACAUUUUUCCAGAAGUAGAGAAUCCCUAGGGCACGUCUGGAUUGCUGAGCUUCCGUUUGCGCCCCUUAUAGACAGCUGCUCUCAAAAAUGUCAUCGUUUUUCGGCGAAUGAGAUUAUAGAGAUGGGGCACUGGUGCUGAUGAGCCGAAGUUGGUAGGGUUAGCGGGGUUAGUACGGGUAAUUGGGUUCAAGAGAAUCAAGUAAAUGGCGAGCUCUCUGAAGCGACCGAGGUCGCAUGAAUCCAGUGAAGUGGGAGAGGAGGACGACGAGCUAGUUAAAUUGGUCCGUCGUCGCGUCGGUGAUGUGAAGAAGCUGGUGACAGAUAUUAAGAGGAAAGAAAUUGAGUUAGCAGAUGCGGAGGCCAAGCUGGAUCACGCAGUGGCUAUGCUGGAUCAAAUUAGGGGUAAGAACGGUGAUCGGAACCACCCAGCAUCUAGACAUCAUGAAGGUGUUUCUAAUGGUGCAAACGGUCUUGCUGAUGGAGAGGAAAACGCACUCGCAUCAGCCUCCCCUGCUAAGAAAGUUGCCACAGUCAAUAAAACCGCUGGUGGGAGCUCGGCAUCACGCCUUGUCUCCACCCGUGAACAGCCAAAGCAGUCUGUCGUAGGCGAGUCUCCUGCGAAGCGGAGCCAGGAUAAGCGCAUUAAGAGAUCUUCAGGUGGAGAGAUCAAGUUGAACAAAACCAAAGGUGUUGUACAACGGGAACACAUAGAUUUGAUCGCUAAGAUAAGAAGUCAGGGUAAACCAAAGAAGAUGGAUGUGGCAAUGCCAAGCUACAUUCCUCUUCAACACAAACGCAAGCCUCGGAGUCUCGUGCUGAGUCCAGCCAUUGAUCACCUAUGCGCUACAAGUGCAUUGGAUGGUGUUGUAAAUUUUUGGCAAAUAACUCAAGAUAAAGGGUUUGGAGUCAAUUUGAGCCAUACUGUAGACUGCAUUUCACCUGGUCAGAGGAGGUGGCCUGAAGAUUUGGCUUGGCAUCCUCUUGGCGAGACAUUGUUCGCUGUGUACACUGCUGAUGGAGGGGGACCACAGAUGGGCAUUAUUAAUACGUCUAAAAAAAAACCUGGGGUCAAAUUUUUAGAUGACAAACCCCAUCAGAAGGGAAUAGUCAAUAGUAUUCAGUUUCUGCCCUGGAGCAAUGGAUCACAGCUUGUUACAGGGGGUUGUGAUCAUGGUGUUGUACUCUGGACAGAGAACGACGAAGGAUGGCGAUCUCGCCUUCUUCAUAGAUUUCAUUCAUCUGCAGUCUCAGGCGUGGGUGGUGUGUUGAGCAAGAAGUACAUUAUGUCUUCAGGAUUGGAUAAGCGAGUCUUUGCAGUAGAUCCCAAUUCUUCUCAUGGCAGGCCAACCUUCCAGCAUCAGUUAGACAGCAAAGCUUUGGGGGUAGCACCAAACCCUGCCGACCAUAAUUUAGUCAUGAUUCAAACUGGGUCACCCGGAAAGCAGUUACGCUUGUUUGACAUACGAGUACAAAGCACGGAGCUUCACUGCUUUGGGUGGAAGCAACAAGCUGGCAACUCACAGUCUGGAUACAUCAGCCAAUCCUGGUCUCCAGAUGGUUUGUACGCCGUGUCGGGCUCCACAGACCCUAAGAUCCAUGUUUUUGACAUAAGGUACAAUAGCGAGGAGCCCAUUCAGAGUUUAGAUGCCCAUCAGAAGAGAGUCUUCAAGGCUGCAUGGCAUCCCAACCUGCCAUUGAUGAUGUCCAUAUCCUCAGACCUCUUUAUUGGAAUGCACAAAAUAUUUGGAUGAGCGGUGUCGCUGUGGAAGGCACUGACCUUUCACCAGGAAAAAGCUGGUAAUCAAGACAAGUUUCGCUGGUUUGGACUCCUACGAGACUAAAUGUUUUUAGGUGUACAUUGCAAGUUGCAAUGCACCUUUGAUUGCUAGGCACACAUAUUGUGCUUCAUCUUUAGAUACCACGGAUCUCGUUUCACCCAACGGCUCUGUUUCGAACUGGCAGUUGUUUUCAGGACUUAAUAAGUUUGACGUCCUGGGCUUGAUUUCGUCUGCAAGGCUAGCGUGCUGGUAGUUAUUAAACGGAAGGAAAAACCUCCGCCAGGAUGCAACGGAACAAUUUUGUACCAACCAUUGAAACCAAGGUGCAGGCUAUCAUCGACCGGAUGAAGUAUUGCAUUGCAGCAUCAUAGCACUCA